AUGGGGAUAUCACUCAAACUCACCCAGAGAAUUUAUCCAACCAUCAAGGAAAAGAAACUAAUUCCUGACACACAAUUUGGAUUUAGAGAACAUCACUCAACUAUCCACCAAAUACACCGUCUGGCUGAUACCAUCGCCUGCUCUCUAGAAAAUAAACUUUACACCUCAGCAGUGUUUCUUGACAUUUCACAAGACUUCGACAAAGUCUGGCACCCAGACCUUCUUUUCAAAUUAAAAUCUUUUCUACCCCCGUCAUACUACCUACUCUUUAAAUCAUAUUUAAUCGAGCGACACUUCAUUGUCAGAGCAGGAAUAGAAUCUUCCAGUAUCUCUCCAAUCUUAGCUUGCGUUCUUCAAGGUGUAGUUGCAUCUCCAACUCUAUUUAAUUUGUAUUCGGCCGAUCAGCCCACCAAGCCGAAUAAUCAAAUUUCCGAAUACGCCGACGAAAAAGCGCAACUGGCCAAUGUGAUACCAUAA